AUGGGUCGCUUGGACAGAAUGGCCUCGCCAGAGGGAUCUGUAGAUGAGCAAAUAAAUGCCCACAUCAAACGAGAAAGCUCGGCGGCAGACGACCAGAUCAACAACUCGACUACCGCAGGUGCAGCCCCAAUCAAGCACGAAAAUUCUGCAAGCCCCUCGCAUCACACUGCUCUUACAACUGUCCGACCCAAACCCUCACGGUCCUCAUCUACCUCGACCACUUCAUCCAAGCAUGCCUUAGCUACGGAUAAAGACACGUCGAAUGCCAAGAAAGCCAAUGGUCACACCUCGCCUGUCAAACCCGAGCCCGAAGAGCCCGCAAAGCCUGCAAAGCCCACAAAGACGUCCCGUGCUGCCUCUUCCAAGCUGCCUCCACGCAUCGCUCCCCUCUUUACUGAUCUACCCGAUGUCUAUAGCGAAGCGACUGCCACCUUUACCGUUAUCGAUGCCUGCACCUACCAAAAUAAGUACCUUGGUUUUAGUGACCAUGCCCUGGAUUGUGACUGUUCGGAAGAAUGGGAUCCUGUCGGUAAGCGCAACCUUGCCUGUGGCGAUGAUUCCGACUGCAUCAAUCGAGCAUGUAAGAUGGAAUGCGCCAACGACUGCGGUUGCGGCACAUCGUGUGAAAAUCAGAGGUUCUUACGCCGUUUGUACGCCGAUGUUUCCGUGAUCAAGACCGAGAAGAAAGGAUAUGGCCUACGUGUUAACACAGAUUUGCGGCCACAUGACUUCAUCUUUGAGUAUAUCGGUGAAACCAUCCCCGAAGCGACCUUCAGGAAGCGUAUGGUGCAGUAUGAUGAGGAAGGGAUCAAGCACUUUUAUUUCAUGUCCCUCAGCAAAGGUGAAUUCGUUGAUGCUACCAAACGAGGCAACCUGGGCCGAUUUUGCAAUCACUCCUGCAACCCCAAUUGCUAUGUCGACAAAUGGGUGGUCGGUGACAAGCUGCGUAUGGGUAUUUUUGCAGAACGUUACAUCAAGGCAGGGGAGGAGUUGGUUUUCAACUACAAUGUUGACCGCUAUGGCGCAAACCCACAGCCAUGCUACUGCGGCGAAUCCAACUGUACCGGUUUCAUCGGAGGCAAAACUCAGACCGAGCGAGGCACCAAGCUCUCAGCUGCAACUAUUGAAGCUCUUGGCAUUGAGGACGAAGACUCUUGGGAUACUGUUGUUCCCAAACGUCCACGCAAGAAGAAGACCGGCGAAGACGAUGAAGACUACGUCGAUAGUAUCGAGGCCAAGUCUCUUGAUGUGGCUGGCAUCACUAAAGUGAUGGCUGCGUUGAUGCAAUGCAAAGAAAAGUGGAUUGCAGUAAAACUACUGCAACGAAUACAGCGUUGUGAGGAUGAUCAAAUCUGGCAAGGGGUGGUCAGGUUCCACGGUUACCAAAUCUUGAACUCGCAACUCUCUGCAUGGAGAGAGGAUGAGAACAUUAUACUUCAAAUUCUUGAAAUCCUGGACCGAUUACCCCGCCUCACCAGGAAUAAGAUUGUGGACGCCAAAAUCGAUCAAACUUUGCAGCCACUCGUGGAGCAUGCAGAUAAGAGAGUGGCCACACAGGCAACCAUAUUGUUGGAACAGUGGUCAAAACUCGAAGUGGCGUACCGAAUACCACGCAAAAAGCGAGAGGCCGCAUCAAACGCGACCAGAACAGAAGUGGUCCAUUUCGAGAGACGGGACUCUGCUCAACAAAGGAAGAAAUCGCGCUCCCGGUCGCGCACACCCCCCCGGGGUCCUGCAGGUGUUGCUGUUCCAUCUGGUCCAAGAUCAUUGCAAAAACCAAACAACUUCCUGGGACCCCGGCCGCCCUUUCAUCGAGCACCACCUCCACUUCCUCGAGGUUGGUUUGCGGCUCAAGAUCAAGGAAGAACUUAUUUUUACUCAGCAGGUGGUCAAACAACAUGGGUCCGACCCACGCAACCGGCUGAUCAACCUCCACCACAGCCAAAGCAACCUUCGGAACAAGCCGUUCUUAAGAGUAUUAUCGACAAUAUUGUCACUUCGAGAGAGAAGGAAACCAAAUCAUCAACUCCAGAAACUCCAGAAAAUCCCAAAGCAAAGAAGGAAGAAAAAUGGAGGUCAUAUGACGAAGAAAAACAGAAGAAGUUAUAUGAGAAUACUCUGUUUCCACACAUAUCCCACGUCAUGAACAAAUACAAAAACAAAAUUCCUAAGGAGGAUCUGAAACGAUUUGCCAAAGAAAUUGCAAAGAAACUUGUCGCAUCAGACUUUAAGGCUGGACGGGUUAAAGAUCCCACGAAAAUCGACGAGCGCCAGCAGAAGAAAGUCAAAGAAUUUUGUAAACAGUUCUUUGACAAGGCUUAUCACAAACACAAGAAGCAUGAACAAGAUAGAGUAGCGAAAAAGGCACAUAAAAGUGCGAGGGCGACCGGCGAAACUGUGACUGCGAGCAGCACAGUUGUGUCACCCUUGGGCUCGCCAACUCGAGACGAUGAAGGUGAGAAUGUUGAAAUGUCAGAUGCAGAAGACAUGGAUGCCACAGCUAUUCGUCUCUCCGAGUCUCCGUCCUCUGCACAAACCCCGUCCGAGCGCAAUGGUACACUAAAACGGAAACGCGAGGGUCAAGAGACUGAAAACAUGAGCAGUACUCAAGGUAAGGGGGAACCUGAUCCAACUGCAUCGCCCGCAAAGCGCAUGAAUUCAAGCAUGGAGAUUGACACACCGCCACCACCCCCUCCUCCAGCACCACCCAUCGAAACACCACCAGAUAGCACACCACGUGACGGAUAUGUCGAUACGGACAUUGAAAUGCAUGCCAUGGAAUUGCCAGAGGACCAAACAGACAUUCAUGCCGACACAAAUUUUAGGGAAAAGAGUAUGGCAGAUGUCUUAGCACAAGCCCAACAAGAAGACACGGAUGACGAUCUGGAUAUGGACGAGAGCAUUGGUGGAUUAGAGCAUGACUCUAUGGAUGCGCAGUCGGUAUCCAUUCGAUGA